AGCGUAGAAGAAGAGUUACUUCCGGCAGUGAGUUGAACGCUGGGAUGGCGCUGCACCAUCGCACGGAGUUCGUCCUCUGUCAUGUAUACUGAUCCAGUUUCUUCAAAGAAACACAAAUCUACGUCCUUUUAGCUCGAGAAGAAUGUUUUUUGUCAAUGGGUGUGAGUCGGCUUGAUGUUCUGUAUAGAAGGCUUCUCCUCACCAAACUUUUCAUCCAAGGAUGGGGGAAGCCAGAAGACCUGAAAAGAAUAUUCGAGUUCCGGAAGAUUAUUGGCAACAGGGAGAGGUGUAAAGAUCUGGUACAGAGGGACUACCCAAUAUUUAUUGACAAAGUAGAAGAUCAAACGGAUUGCAAAAUUCACAACGGUCAUUUCAUAUCACCACUGGAGCACUUUGUCCCGGGCAUCUUGCCAGCUGAGUCCGUCAAAGCCCGAUUCCAGUUCAUUGUACCUAAGAAAUGGAAGAGACACAGACCAGUCUGUAUUCACCUGGCUGGAACGGGAGACCAUUUUUUCUGGAGAAGGCGAACACUAAUGGCCAGACCGAUGGUUAAAGAAUCAGGGAUGGCGUCUCUUCUGUUGGAGAAUCCUUAUUAUGGAUAUAGGAAACCUAAAGACCAACUUCGCUCCAGUCUGAAGAAUGUAUCUGACCUGUUUGUGAUGGGUGGAGCACUGAUCCUGGAGUCUGCGGCACUGUUACACUGGCUGGAGCGAGAGGGUUUCUGGCCUCUGGGCAUGACUGGCAUUUCUAUGGGCGGACAUAUGGCAUCAUUAGCUGUAACAAACUGGCCCAAACCAAUUCCACUUAUUCCUUGUUUAUCCUGGACGACUGCUUCAAGUGUUUUUACCACAGGUGUUUUAAGUCGAGCCGUGAACUGGAGAGAGCUGGAAAAGCAGUAUGCAGCACACACAGUCUAUGAGGAAGAAAUCAUCAGUAUGCUGGAGUAUUGUGGGACAGACUCUUUCCGGAUGGGCCAGGAAUUCGUAAAAAAUGCCCCAGGCAGCUUUGACAGUCUCUCUGACCUGGAUCUUGCCCAUGACCUUCUUGACCUCCACUCGCCAGAGAGGGACCAGCAGAUGGGGCUACGCUCCUCGUGUUCUCAGCCCGGGACUGGAGGUCACGUUUCAGACACAGCCUUGCUGAUGGGGCGAAGAGAGAGAGACGGACUGGAUCAGAUGCUGUCCGCUGUGAGCAGCAGCGGGCCUCAUUUGGACAUGCUACAUGCUAAGAGCAUCACCUAUGGGGCCGGCCAGCGGCAGUCGCUGCAGCGGGAGUCUCUCUGCUUCAUGAAGGGCGUGAUGGAUGAAUGCACACACAUCGCCAAUUUUUCAGUGCCUGUGGAUCCCAGUCUGAUCAUUAUAGUCCAGGCAAAGGAAGAUGCUUAUAUUCCCCGCACUGGAGUUCGCAGCUUACAGGAAAUCUGGCCUGGCUGUGAGGUUCGCUACCUCAAUGGAGGUCACGUCAGCGCCUACCUUUUCAAACAAGGACUGUUUCGGCAAGCAAUUUAUGACGCCUACGACCGGUUUCUUCACAAGUAUUCCAGCUCAUAGCCAUGGAUUUUUGGGACUCAGCACUGACAAGAAUUGCAUUUUGAAAGUAUAUGGAGAUGGAGAAGACUAUGGAACUGGAACUAAAAACCUAGUGCCACCAAGGUGAGGCAGUGUGCAGCGGUUGUAAUGACAGAACUGUUACUCUAUGUGGUACACCUCAAAACUCAGUGACCUGAAAUCAACUUACAUGUGCUCAACCCAUACGAAACCGUGUCUUCCUGACCUCACUGCCUUUAAUAUAUAUAUAUAUAUAUAAUCAUGACUGAAAUAUAAUUCACUAAACGAGACAAAGACGUGCCUCCCAACUAUAAUUCACUCACACAUCAAGGUGUCUUUAAAACUCUUAAUGAAGCAGAUCCCUGAAAAUAUAGUAUUUUGAAUUGUAAGGAAAAUAAAUGAACUAUUGCAAUCUAUAUUUUUGUUUAACCAACAUAGAAUAUCCUAAUUUUUAGAGCAAAUGUUUGCUGGUUUUUAUAAAAUAAUGCAUCAGGAAAAUGGCCUUGUCAUGGGCAGACCAUUGUUUUAACCUCAGAAAUGGGGGGAAAAGAAAAAAAAGUUUCACAAAUUCAGGUGAGUUGUACUUAAACAGAUCUUUAGCAAUGACUGGUGCUCAUUUGAGACUUGAACGUGAUUCAAAAUCUACUUUUUCUGUGAACUGCAUUCUUAAAAAUCAGUGCUGCAUGUAUUUCAGUCUCUUUAAAGGGUUAGUU